GGUGCACGAGUGCAUGCUCCCAUGCCAGCCAUGCCCACAAGGAAGCUGCUGGUGCUGGCGCUGAUGCUGGUGGCUGUCGGUGCUGCCAGUGGGGCAAAGCUGGAAGAGGGGAACAGCCUGAGAAGGCCGACGUGUGGAGAGAUGGCUGAGCUGCAGGCCUGCCCCCUGGUGCACUUGCCCGUCUGUGGGAGUGAUGGGAACACCUAUGCCAAUGAGUGCUUGCUCUGUGUGCAGAAAAUGAAAACCAGGCAAGAUAUCCAGAUUUUGAGUGAUGGGGAGUGUCAAGACAUCUGAGCCUUCUGGUGGCUUUCCUGAGCCUGCAAACAGGUGAUUAAUUGAUGCUGUUCUCUGAGUGCAUCACACAUUUCAGUCGGUGACGGUAAAUAAUAAAAUUGCAUACACAA